UGACUGACGCCCACUGGUGGGCGUGGCGGGCAGCAGCUCUCUGGGCGUGGGCUGCACACAUUGUUCCAGAGCAGAGAGCAGGCGAUGCAGCAGCUGCAUAGACAGCUACGCCCUGAUCGCCCAUUCAUCUGAACACUGCAGACCCCCAUCGUAUGGGAUCAACCUGGGGGGCUCCACACCGCACCGAUUUGGCAGAUCUCUCUCAUCGUUUAAACUUUUCACUCAUCCACUUGUCAGAUCUUCAAUGCCAAGGACUGAAUGUGUCUGUAGUGUGGGUGAUCGCUUGCUGCAAGCCUCUGGUCCAAGAAUCCUCUGAGAUUACUCUUCGUGCAUCAGAGGUCCUAGACGAUGACAGAGUACAAGCUAGUGGUGGUGGGUGCCGGAGGCGUUGGUAAAAGUGCCUUGACCAUACAGCUUAUACAGAACCAUUUUGUGGAUGAAUAUGAUCCAACCAUAGAGGAUUCCUACAGAAAACAGGUUGUUAUCGAUGGAGAGACCUGCCUUCUGGAUAUCCUGGACACAGCUGGUCAGGAGGAGUACAGUGCAAUGCGUGACCAGUACAUGAGGACAGGAGAGGGCUUCUUAUGUGUAUUUGCUAUCAACAAUACUAAAUCUUUUGAGGAUAUACAUCAGUACAGGUGUGUAGCUCAAGAGACCUCUCAUUUGUUUUAAAAUGUGUCUGCUACA